AUGUAAAAUUCUACUGAAAUUAAUCUAGCUAACUUUAAUGACGGAGAUGUUUCACAAUCUUUCGUAUAUUAUUAAUAUAUUAUAAUUCCUUCAACCUAUAUGAUUUACACAUUUGAUUUUAUUCAACAAAAGUAAAAGUAAAUUGUUUUUUAAAAUUCACUUAAAAUUUAAUUUGUUUUCAAACUUCAAGUUAAAUAAUUUUAGAAUUAAUCUAAUCAAUGGUGGAAUAUUCCUUAUGAAUACGAAGAUAGGUAUAACACAAAUGACUCAUAACAACUGCUUAUUAUCUGUGUUAUAGCUAUAGAAAAUAAUAUAUUUAAAAUCUUUAUAGCCCAAUUAGAUACCUAAGAAAUAAAAUACAGCUAUUCAGUUUAAGAUAGUAAAAUAACAAAUGCUGUCAAUGAUCCUUUCCGCUAAUUAAUAUUUUUAGUAAAUAACUAAGGAUAGACACUAGUAUUUAAUUAUAGCUUAAAAUUAAUUAAAAUAAUAUAAAACUCUUGCUUAAAGUAAGCUAAGAUUUCUUUUGAUUCCUAUUUUAUUUACUCAAUAUGUCCAAACGAUAUCAUAAUUUAUAACGGUUUAAGCUUCUAGUAGUAGUACCCUAAAAUUCAAUCAGGUUUAAAAGAAGUGACAAAUAUAGUUAAUAUUUAAUAUGAUAACUUAUUUAUUAUCACAUAAAAACUUAAUUCUUUACUUGUAAAAUUGAGUUUUGAUUCUUAGUAUGAGCUUAUUUAAAUUAUAGAUUAAGAAGGUUUGCAACUUUCUAAAGUUGAAUUAAACAAAGAUUCAAAUAAUAACAUCUUUCUGGAAAUGUUAUUUUCUUCUUAUCGAAAUAUAGUCUACUAGAUAAUACCUUUGUCUAAAAAACAAUCUUGUAAUCUAGAAAUUUUAUAGCAAAAUAGACCUUUAGAAAACAUUUAUUUUCAAAUUGAACUCAGUAAUAUUCUUAACUCUUUAUAAAAUAGUUAAGAAAAACUUUCAGUUUUAAAAAUAAAUUACUUAGAUCAAUAAUAUAUUUAAAGCAUUGAUUUAGACAGUAUCUAAGAAAAAAAUAUAGAUCCUAAUAAACUUCUUUCUUUAGUUAUCUAUUCUAGCUCAAUUCUUAAUAACAUUUAUUGGUCAAAAAAUCAAAUUAACUCACAAAACAUUAGAAAUGUGCUUAUAAACAAUAUGAGUUUAAAUAUAAUUGACAGUGUUGCCUUAAACUAAAAUGUUUAAAUGAAAAAUUUCUAGAUGAUAGACAUAAUAUUAAAUGUUGAGAAUUCUCUUAAUAUUUCCAAUUUUGAUUAGGUUUAUCUUUAAAAUAUAAAAUUCAAUAGCAAAAAGCUUGGAAAUAAUCAAAUAAUUAUUUCUAACAAUAAAUUAGUAAUAAUUGAAAACAUUACAAUUGAUAGCAUUCAGACUGAAUAACUUACAUUUUAUUUAUCAAAUAACGUCAAUUUAGUCAUAAAGCAAAUAUUCAUUAAUAAGUUAAGUAAAAACAACAUUUUUUAGAUCUAAAACAAUUAAUACAUUGAUAUAUAAGAUAUCUAAGUAUCUGAUGCUAUCUUGAUUUCAGUUUUCUAAAUUUCUCUUUGCUUAAAAUUAAAUAUCACAAAUAUUUAUUUAAAAUAAGUAAAUUCUACUUAAUUAUUGUAUCUUUAAGGGAUUGCUGAAAUUUAAGUUUCGUAAAUUACUGUAAAUAGUAGUAAUUAAGUUAAAAUAUUAACAAUAGAGCCCUAUUACGAAAAAAAUGUUUAGUAUACUUGUCUAUCUGAUGUAAUAUAAUACAUCAGUGUUUUAAAUUCUAAAGAAGUUUCAUUUGAUAUUUAGGCCUCUAAUACUUCUAUAUCUGAUUUUUAUAUUUAUUAAUCAUCAAUAUCAAAAACUUGCUUUUAAGUAUAAUCUACAAAUUUAGUAAUUACAAAUUUUAAAAUCGAAGAAGUACAACCACAAAUUGUUGGCUUCUAAAAUUGCACCUUAAAUAGCUUGACAUCUUUGAAUAAUUAAAUAACAGUAUUAUCAAUAAAUUAGCAGCCUGAUUAAGGUGGUUAUUUUAUUAUGAGUUUUUCAAGACUUUCUAGUUAAGAGAUUAAUGAACCGCUAAUUGAAUUGAAUUUUGUAGAUACGAUUCUUUUUAAUGAAGUUUUAAUAGAAAAUAAUGUGUUAAAGGAAAAUUCCUAUACAUCAAUAAUAUAUGUUAGCUCAUGUAAUAAUAUAACAAUAAAUAAUAGUCAAUUUUAAAAUAACAUUAAUUUUAAUGGACUAGGAGGUUCAUUGUAUGUUUUUAAUUGUUUGAAUAUUUUGAUAUAGAAUUCCAUAUUUAAAUAAAAUAAAUGCUUGAGAUUAAAUGGUGGAGCUAUUAGCAUUUAGAAUUUUGUUAACAUUGCUUAAGUAUAUAUAUAAAAGUGUUAAUUUAUACUUAAUUCAGCUGCAUUUUCAACUGGUGGAGCAAUUAACUUGUCAUAUGCAAACUUGAUAAUAGAAAAUUCUAAUGUUACUUCUAAUACUGCGAUUAUAGGAGGCGGAAUCUACUAUGAAUAAGUUAUACCAGAUUUUGUAUUAGAAAAAUCUAAUAAUAUUGACAAAAAUAAAAAUUAAAUCAUAAACAAUAAUGCUAAAAUAUUUGGUCAUAAUAUAGGCUCAACUAUUAGGUAAAUUGAUAUAGACUUAUAGAAUAUUAAAAUACCAAAAGGAAGCGUAAAAGUUUUGGGUAAAAGAUAAAUAGAAAUAAGAGAAUUUAAAAGUGGAAAUUAAAUCACUUUUGAGGGAAUAUAAUUACUUGAUGAAGAAAAUAAUCCAAUAUAGAUUUCAAAUAUAAAUAUAACUGAAUUUUAAUUUUACAGUAGUGAUAUCCAAAGCUUUGUUCAGUCAUUAUCUGUAUCUUUGAAUUGGGAUUAGUCAAAUAAGAAAAUACAGGUGAUAGGAUAAGUAUAAUCUAGACAAGUAAUUAACAACGGAAUUGACUUACAAUCUCAGAUUAUGUAUAUGCCUUAAAAUAGAAUGAGUUUGUAAAUAGUUUUAGAUACUUUACCUAAAUUAAUUGACUCUAAAGGGAAUAUUUUCUUCCUUUAAGACUAGUUUUAAAAAAAUUUUACAAUUGAUUUCACUUCUUGUUCUAUUGGAGAAAUUACGACGCAAUAAAUUGAGUCUAUAAUUUGCUAAGAGUGUCCAGAAGGAAAAUAUUCUUUAGAUUAAUACAGCACCUCUUGUAAAUAGUGUCCAGAUUCUGCUAAAGAAUGCUAUGGUUCUACAAUAAAAUUAAUGAAUGGAUAUUGGAGAGAAAAUAAUAAAACUGAUAUAAUAGUAUAAUGUAAUAAAAAUCCAGAAUUUUGUUAAGCCGAGUCACCAGAUUCAAAAUUCCUGUGUUUACGUGGAUACAUAGGCCCACUUUGUUAAUAGUGUGAUUCAUAUGGAAUAAUAUGGGGAAAUAGAUACUCGUAAAUUUUUAGUUCUGAUGUAUGCUAUGAUUGUAAUGAGAGUAGUUUUCUUAUCGCUUUUGAGAAUUCUCUAAUAUUUUUACUUAUCUUUUUAUAUAUUUUUAUUAUUUUAAUUAAAAUCAUCUAAAAAAUGCAAGCAAAGAUUAUUGGUUAUUUUGUGAACAAGUCAGAAAUUUUAUUUUUAGGAUCAACAUUGAGACAAUCUGAUAAACCUUAAAUAAUUACUAAAAUAUUAACUGAUCAUUUUUAAAUGCUUUCAUUACUGAAUUCAUUUUAAAUAAAUAUACCUAUAUUUUUUAAAUUUCCGGUUCUAUUAUAUGGAAAUUCACUUAGUAUUACAAGCAAAUCUUUUGAUUGCCUUAUAUCUAAAUAUUUAAUUCUACAGCCUUUAUGGUUCUAUUAAACCUUAUUCUCAUUAGCUCUACCUUUAUUAGUCCUUAUUUUUUAUAUUUUAUUGGCACUAAUUUUUAAACUGAUAAAAAAAGAUAACUUUUUCCUGAAUUAUUUAAGAACAGCUUUAAUUUUUACAUAUCUUUACUUCUUCCCUAUGGUAGUUACUCUUUUAAGCAGAUCUAUAAAUUGCAUACAAAUAGGUGAUAAGUAAUAUUUAGAUCUUGACUAUAAUAUUAACUGUAUGGAUUCUAAAUAUCAUAAACCAUAUAUAAUUUAUUUCUCUCUGCCUUUGCUAAUAAUUUGGAUUUUAAUAAUACCAAUAUUCCUAUUCAGAAAUGUUAGAAAUGGAAUUAAAUAAAAAUGGUCUAUUUUCAAAGAGGUUAAAUAUUCGUUUGUAUUUGCUGGAUUCAAAGAUAAAUUUUAUUAUUGGGAAUUUGGUAAACUAUUUUAUAAGUCAUUAUUAAUAUCAAUUUCCAUAUUACUGCAAUAAAAUUAAUAAUUAAAGACCUCAUUGAUGAACGGUAUUAUUUUACUGUGGAUUUGUAUAAUCUUUAAAUUAAAACCGUAUAUUGUUAAAGACUUUAACAAUUUAUUAUAGUAAUCAGCCAUUUUAAGCGCGAUUUCAUUGAAUAUAAUAUCUAUCUUAGAAAGUAAGUUAACUGAUUAGCUAUUUUAAAGAACACUUUUCACUUUGGCUUUAUUCAUAGUUAAUUUAAUGUUUGUUUUGCAAUUAGUUUAAGGUUUAUUUAUAAAAAUCAUUCCAUUUGACUAAAAAGACAGAAAUGUAAUUCAUAAUAUUCUCUACUACCUAAAAGUUAAAUAUCCUCGAUUUUUUAAGAACAUUUAAAUUGAAAGUAAGCUAAAAAUUUAAUCCCUCAUUAAAUUAAAAAAUGUAAAAAGAAAAAUUAAUAUGCUUGCACAAUAUUUUAAAAAUAAUGAUUUUUACAAUCAACAAAGUGUUCAAUAACAUUUUGGUCUAUCAAAAGCUUUAGUAGAUAAUAGUAGUUCUCAUCGACUAUAAACUUCGAAAUUUGCACUUUAAAAUUUCAACCAAUUUUUUAGUAAAAAUACUUAAAGAAAACUAAAUGAAAUGUCCACCUUAAAGAAAAAAUGGUCAUUUUAUACAAGAACAACGAAUUAAAGCCCUUUAUUUAAAGAUAGAUUAUAAAGUACUAGGAAUGAUAAAUCUUAAGAAAAUAUUCUUAAUUCAUGCUAAUCUGAAAAAUGUGAGACAAUCAACUUUAAAGAUGAAAUAGAUACUAAUAACUUUUGA